AUCUUUUGGCAGCUAAGAAUAUUGGUUUUUAGAAGAUGUUAUUACCUGCCGAUUUACAAGCUAACAUAGAUGAAAUACAAAGAGAAAUCAAUGUAAUUGCGGACAAUCUACAGAAUGUAACAGCCAAUAGUUCAAAAGACUUGCGAAAUUUCCUUGAUCCUAUGAUACAAAUCUUAUUCUAUGUCGCUGUUGCUAUGCUCAUUUUGGCAUUUCUUGGAUUUUUAUUUUCCAUUAUCGGAUUGGAGUGUCUUGUAUAUGUUUUGAUGAACGUCGGGUGGAUAGCUGUUGUGGGAACAUUCAUUUUGAGUGGCAUGUUUCUUCUUGUUCACAAUGUGGUUGCAGACACAUGUGUUGCAAUGGAUGAGUGGCUUCAGAACCCAACUGCCAAUUCAGCUCUUGAAAACAUAAUCCCAAGAGCAAAUGAUCAGUUUGCCCAAGCAAUAUUGACGGGGACUAAGAGCGUCUCCUUCGCACUUGUCAAUAUAUCUAAUACCGCUAUCACCAAUGUUUACAAUGUCCAAUGGCCUCCCGAUGCUACGCCUCUAUACUUCAAUCAAUCUGGUCCAUUGAUGCCUCUUCUUUGCAACCCAUUCAAUUUAAACCUUACUGAUCGACAAUGUCAAGUUGGUGAAGUCAACUUUAUGAACGCAACAAAGGUGUGGAAGAACUAUACCUGUCAGGUUUCGACAUCUGGGAUUUGUACGACGCCGGGCCGGCUUACUCCUAUGGGCUACAAUGACCUGACCGCCUCAUUAAACGUCAGCUACGGUUUGUAUUAUUACAGUCCAUUCCUGGUUGAUUUAGUAGACUCCACAUAUUUGAAGACGACAUUUGAUGAUAUUAGUCGAAAUUAUUGUCCCGGUAUGAGGCAAUCGACUAGAUGGAUAUACGUCGGGUUCACAGUAGUCUCUGCUGCUGUGAUGUUGUCACUGGUAUUAUGGAUAGUCUAUGGACGAGAGCGAAGGCAGCGAAAAUACUACAGAAGGAAAUGACUCCAGUCCCCAUGGAAGAACUCAUUUUGAUGGUUGUGAAGUGAACUUGAGAUAGAUUUCUCAUAACUUGGUGUGUUGUGUGUGUGUGCAUAUAUAUAUAUAUAUAUAUAUAUAUGUGUAUAUGAAUGUAAGUGAAAUUGGUAUGUGUUGUGUAUAUCAAGCCUACAACUCUAUGGGCUUGAUUGUUUUGCCAUACACUUAAAUUCUCUCUUUACAAGAAGGUUGAGGUU